AACACGGAACACCCCUGUCCCCUGUGUUGAUUUUUUAUUGAAUAAGCGUAAUCAAUGUUCAGUGUUGACUGUUGUGUCUAUAUAAAAAUUUAAUAUGCAGUAAAAUGGAUACUGCGAAGGAUGAAACUUUGGAUCUAUCGCGGCGUCGACUAAAGAAAAUAGAGAAAGCUCCUGCGGAAGAAUCAAAGCCGAUUAUUAGUUUAAUUCUAGAUCAAAACGAACUACAACGUUUAGACAACAUCGAUACUUAUAUUCGCGUAGAAAAUCUUUCAAUAUGCAACAAUUUUCUACUGAGAAUGCAUGGGGUAUCUCGUUUGACAAAUCUCAGGAUUCUGUCGUUGAACAACAAUGGAAUCUUACAAAUAGAGGGGUUGAAAGAUAUGAUCUAUUUAAAAGUCCUUAAAUUGGCAGGUAAUAAUAUAAAAUCAAUAGAGCAUUUAAACCAUAAUAUGCAUUUGGAACAUCUGGAUCUUUCAAACAAUCAAAUAUCCUUUAUAGCUGACAUUUCAUACAUGAAACAUUUAAAGCAUUUAAACUUAGAACGGAAUCGUAUAAUGGAUUUACGUCAGUGUGAUCGAUAUCUCCCAACACAGCUCAGUCACUUGGGAUUGGCUCAUAACAACAUUCCUGAUCUGAAUGAAGUCUCCUUCUUAGUACAUUUGGCUGAACUUGAUAGCUUUACAAUACAAGGAAACCCUUGUGUUGCGAUGGCUGGAAAAGACAAUCUAGGUUUCGAUUAUCGGCCAUUCGUGCUCAAUUGGAUAUUAAGCGUCAAGUCUAUUGAUGGAUUUAUUGUCAGCGCAAUUGAAAGCUUGAAAGCCGAAUGGCUGUACAGCCAAGGCAAAGGCCGGCACUUCCAGACGGGACAGCACCGCGAGUUGUGCGAAUAUCUGUCCUCGACUUGCCCCCUCACCGCCGACGCUCUGGAGACGGAGGAUCAGAGAAAACUUAGGCUUAUAUUGAGCAAGGCCCAGCAUCACCAACAGCAACUGAAGGAUCAAAAUCACAGUCCCAACAGAUCCAAACUGCAGUCGCCGCGAAUGCAAGCCCGCAUGACCCCGCGCCACAUGGGUCGAUCGCCCGAUCGCCUCAGCUCGAGCUACCAUGCCGCCGUGUCGCGGACAUCAUCGCCUGCGCCCCACGCCCCGACUCAUGAUCUCAUGUCCUUGUCCUGUUCCGAACUCUCCGCGCGGGACUCGUCCAGGGAGAGGCGAGUUCCAGAUCGGCAACAACAACCGCCUAUUCAGCGACACACCCAAACCAAGCCGGCAAAUCAGCCUCUGGAGGCCGCUUCUAAGAUGGUUCCGGUCCCAGAAUCCCUCAUGAGUCCCGACUAUCAAGACCCCAUCUACGACAUCCGAAGGCCUCGGACAGAGUUGCCCGAGAGCUCGGCGUCGAACGCUUCGUCGCAGUCCAGCGACGGCAGCGCACACGAGGACAAGACUGGUAGCCGGAAGGGAUCGCCGCGUCUGUGCAAGAGCGCAUCGUCCUCGCCAAAGUUAAAGACGAAAACGGAGCAGCGGGUCGGAGGAGCCGAGGCCGUGACGAAAAUCGCGAACGGCCCGACGCCGGCCGAUAAAUCGGAAGCGAUCAAGUUGGCGUCGAACCAGCGGCAUCAGAAGAAGGCGAGCGUGGAGAACUCGGCGGCUACCACCAUUCAACGCGUUUGGAGAGGCUACAGGAGCCGCAACCUCAACAGGGACACCGUGAGGAUCCUGCACGCCAUCCAGACCGCCCGGGCCAGGCAGCACAUCCAGCGGCUGACCUGCGACAUGGAGGCCACGAAGGCGGCUCUCGAGAGCGAGCGCAAGAUCCAGCAGCUGCAGAUGCAGGCCAUCAACGCCCUCUGGAAGAAGGUCUCCUCAUUGCAGGCGCCAGACGUCCACAAGCCGAAGGUCGAUCUCGAGGAUAACGCGGACGCGUUGAGGCAGCUGACCGAGACCUGCGGCAAUCUGCAAGCUCAGGUGGAAGAGCUCCGAGGCAGCGUCCGCGAAGUGCUUCGCUUCGUGUCUUCACCCCGAGGCUUGCCGCGCGCCUCGCAGACCGACGUCACCGCCCUCGUGGCCUCGCAGGAGGAGCUGACGAAUCGACUGCGGAGGCCUCGCUCCUUAGCGCUGAACGCUUCCUCGCCGCUCCCCGACACGUCAGUGCAGUCGUACCGUUUGAAAUUUCGUCUCGUUAAACAUUAUGCUAAAACGCCUCUUAAACUAUUCCAGCGACAAAACCGAGGCGGACUCGAUACGGUCAGAGAGAACGGAGUCGAUCAUAGAAGACCGGGAGCCGAGCGUGAACCCGCAGAUCGAGAGGGAGAUCGUCGCCGACUGAUGAGUAGCAUUCGAUUUAGUUUGACCGACGUCUCCGGGGGCGAAGGGGACCGUGUCGUUCGCCGCCCCUCGACUCGUCGGAGGUCACGCGGGACGCGCUUCUUCGCUUAUUUCUUUUCUUGUCACAUUCCCAAACUCCGAAGCGAAUUCGUAACUCGCGACUCUUGCGACGCAUUCUCUGUCGCUAUAGACGCACCGAAAGAAAGGACAUUUUAUAUAUUGACUGAUUAA